CCCUAAGGACAGGGCUGCAAGAUUUAGCUGCUGUUGGUUCACUUCCUGGCAGCCUGGGACCUGCCUCCCAGGCACCUCAGGCACCAUGGACUCCCCAGGGUACAACUGCUUUGUGGACAAGGACAAGAUGAACGCAUCCAUCCAGGACCUGGGGCCAAAGGAACUGAACUGUACCGAGCUACAGGAGUUGAAGCAACUGGCACGUCAGGGCUACUGGGCUCAGAGCCACGACCUGCGGGGUAAAGUGUACCAGCGCCUGAUCCGGGACAUCCCCUGCCGCACGGUCACACCGGAUGCCAGCGUGUACAGUGAUAUCGUGGGCAAGAUUGUGGGCAAGCACAGCAGCAGUAGCUUACCCUUGCCUGAAUUUGUGGACAACACUCAGGUGCCCAUCUAUUGCCUGAACACACGGGGUGAGGGGGCUGUGCGCAAGAUUCUCCUGUGUAUCGCCAAUCAGUUCCCUGAUAUUUCCUUCUGUCCUGCCCUGCCUGCUGUGGUGGCCCUGCUGCUGCACUAUAGCAUUGAUGAGGCUGAGUGUUUCGAAAAGGCCUGCCGCAUCCUAGCCUGCAAUGACCCCAGCAAGAAGCUCAUUGACCAGAGCUUCCUGGCCUUUGAGUCCUCCUGCAUGACAUUUGGGGACCUGGUGAACAAGUAUUGCCAGGCAGCUCACAAACUGAUGGUAGCUGUGUCAGAGGAUGUCCUGCAGGUCUACUCUGACUGGCAGCGAUGGCUGUUUGGGGAGCUGCCCCUCAACUACUUUGCCCGAGUUUUUGAUGUCUUUCUUGUAGAAGGCUACAAGGUACUGUACCGAGUCGCUCUGGCCAUCCUCAAGUUCUUCCAUAAGGUGAGAGCAGGGCAGCCCCUCGAGUCAGACAAUGUAAAGCAAGACAUCCGCAUAUUUGUCAAGGACAUUGCCAAGACAGUGUCCCCUGAGAAACUACUAGAGAAGGCCUUUGCCAUCCGCCUAUUUUCCCGAAAGGAGAUCCAGCUCUUGCAAAUGGCCAAUGAGAAAGCAUUAAAGCAGAAGGGCAUUACUGUCAAGCAGAAGAGGCAGUUUGUGCACUUGGCUGUCCAUGCAGAAAACUUCCACUCAGAGAUUGUCAGCGUGAAGGAGAUGAGAGACAUUUGGUCCUGGAUCCCUGAGCGUUUUGCCCUCUGCCAACCCCUCCUACUCUUCUCCUCAUUGCAGCAUGGGUACAGCUUAACCAGGUUCUAUUUCCAGUGUGAAGGACACGAGCCCACCCUCCUGCUCAUCAAGACCACGAAAAAGGAGGUUUGUGGAGCUUACCUGUCAACAGACUGGAGCGAGAGAAAUAAGUUUGGAGGCAAACUGAGCUUCUUUGGAACUGGAGAAUGCUUUGUUUUUAGGCUGCAGCCAGAGGUACAGCGUUAUGAGUGGGUGGUCAUCAAGCACCCAGAGUUGACCAGGCCAACAUCCUUCAAGUCCUCAGAAGCUGCAGCUGCUUCUUCCUUCCUCAGCCACUCCAUCUCUCCAGAACCUGCUGAUCGGCUCUCCCCUUUCUUGGCUGCCCGGCACUUCAACCUGCCCUCCAAGACCGAGUCCAUGUUCAUGGCUGGGGGCAAUGACUGCCUCAUCAUUGGGGGAGGAGGUGGCCAAGCACUCUACAUUGAUGGGGAUCUGAACCGAGGCCGCACUGGACACUGCGACACUUUCAACAACCAGCCUCUCUGCUCUGAGAACUUCCUCAUCUCAGCAGUGGAGGCCUGGGGCUUCCAAGACCCUGACACCCAGUGAUGGGUCUGUGCUGAUGGUGACUGAGCCACACUGUGGGAUGAUGGGGUGGAAGCCAAGCUGCCUUGAGGGAGCAGGGAGUGAGUGAGACACCACCCCCGGGAAACAGGCAUGCUUGGUGUGCAGUGGGGAUGUCAGUGUCGCAAGCCAAGUCUGGCCUCUCCUUGGACUGGCUGACUCUCUGCUUUGACUGGCUGGAUUUGUUAGGCUAGGACCCCUGAACCCUCCUGCUUCUGAGCUCAUGGGGCUAUUAUGCCCCCAUCCCUGUCCAGUUUCUGUCCUCACCCAGGGUCCUAGCUCUGCAUGGAGGUGUCUUGUACCCAGGAUUGCCCAGAGCUAUAUUGCUCUUGUAGGGAAAGGGCAAAUGAUUUCUUGCCAAAUGUGGGUUUGUGGUGCCCCCUGCUGGUACUUUGACCCUGCAGGCUCUGAGGCUCCCCUGAGCUACAGUGGCUGCUUCAGGGUGGGAUGGGGAGGGCAGGAUUUGUGCAGAGCUUUGCAGCUUCUGUCCCAGAAGGGAUGGGGGCUGGAGAGCUGUCUUUUGUCUUUGUGUUUCUGCAGAGCCUGAAGCUCUCGCUACGCCUCACUGCAAGCCCACACCUGAAGGUGGCCUCUGGAGAGACUUGCUUUGACCAAGUUGGCCAUUUCAGCUCCAUUUCCAGGGUUCUCCUCAGAGGUGACUGGACUCAGUGAGGCUGUUUGCCCUCCUCCUGACCAUCCCUGUAGCCUCCUGAACUUCUGUAGUCUUGGUGACUCCUGUGUUUCCUUUCCUUGUCACUGUAGUGACUGAGGCCCAGGGUCACCCGAACCCUAGCAUGGCAUGCUUGUCUCAGUCUGCCUUCUCCUCAGGCCUGUGGUUCCCUAGACCUGUUCACACAGCAUCUGAUAAACCAGUGUGACCUUCUGAUCCCUCUAAAGUUGUCACUAUGGCUAGCCUCGUGCCAUGUUUUCUGUGUGCUGCCCCUUCUCCCAUUAUGGCCUUCCAGUCUCUGGAUGUCUGUGCUUCUUAAGCCCUGUGCUGGCCGGGAGCACAGUGGAUGCCAAGGGAAGUGCUGCCUCUGAGGACUGCAGCAAGCUCUAUUUCCCUGUGACCUCCCUCAGCUGGUCCUGAGGGUCUGGGGCCACAGACGUCUGAAUCAUAAGAACAGCUGCCUGGCUCCCAUGACCAUGUCUGGCGUGCUCAGUCAGCAUGUCUCACACCUGUGCUUGUCUCCACACUGAUGCUCACUCUUCUGUGGGAGGGUCAUCCUGCCCUGUCCUGUCUAUUCACAUCAGCUCUCAACAAGGCCACAGUGGCACACGAGACAGGGCAGGAAGGAGCCCCCUGAAACUUUGGGCUACCUGGUAAACCUGCGUAGAACUUUGGACUCUGCACAGUGGACCAGUUCUCCCACCAUGCUGGCUUCUGGGACAGGUCGACAUGACUCUCUAGAGGAAAGAGGUACUGGGAGGAACUGUUGUUACUCAUCUCCAGAGUGUUGUAGCCCUUGCCACCGAUUCCUCUGAGCCCACUGUCCCAGGCCUGUACCUCCAACUUUGGUGUUCAUUUAAAGCCAUCUUGAUUUUUUGUUAUUGUUGUUUCUGGCAAGAACUUUACUAUGUAGCCUACUUAGUCUAGAACUCCCUAUAUAGACCAGGCUAGCCUGGAAGUUGCUCUGUAGCCUAGGUUGGCCUCAAAAUCAUGACCUGCCUCAGCCUCCUAAGUGCUGGGCUCAUAGGCAUUAAGCUCAGCACUUUCCCAUUGCAUUAACUCUGGGACUCUGAGUUUGACCUCCAGCCAGAAGGCCCCCAGGACUUUUCCAGGCCAUGCCAUCAUGAUGCUCACCCAUGCAUUGCCACUGGGACUCAGAAGCCUUUCAGAAGCAGAAUAAGUUAACUGGGCAGUGUGUGAAGGGCCCUGCAAGGCUCCUGAUUGGGUAGUAGAUUUCUUGUCUUGUGUGGUCCCUACUGGCCUUCCUGGGGGUCCAGCUCAUGAAAAUUGGUUGAUGCUUAGUCACAAUUACAUCAUAAGCUAAGUUCUUCACUUUUACCCACAACACACUCAGUUCUUUAAACUUAGUAUCUCCUUUUUCUUCUGACUUUUCUACUAAAAGGUGUCAUUUUCUUUAUAUGUUUAUUCUGAUCACUCUUCUUAUCUGAUACUAAGUGUUUCCACUUAGUACUUAUUAAUGCUUUCUAUUAUUUAUUAGCUUUUGAUGUUAACAACAAGACAAAAUUUGAUGGCAUUGUAUAAGAACUUAUUAUUUUAUCAGCAUUUAAACAUUUGUUUUUAAAACAAAUAUUGAACUUAAUAUAAGCCAGUACAUUAAAGUAAAUAACUUUGUUAAUAUAAACCAUAUGCCUUUGGGGCCCCAGAAAAUCAGUUUGUACUUUGGUUUUGUUUAUGACAAUCAGUGUCAUGUAGCUGUGUUUAGCCUUGAACAAACUGUGGAUGCAGCUUUCCUUGAACUCAUCUUUGUGCUUCCACACCCCAAAUAUCAUAGGGAUCACAGUGGUUUGCUGCUAUGCUUGGUGAUAAUCAGCUCAUUUUCAAAGUAAUUUAUGAUACAACAUUGGGUGUUUGCAUUUUAAGAAUUUUUCUAUUUUAAUUAUUGAACUACAUUACUGUUUUGAGUUUUUCCUAUUUUUAAGAGCUGCCACAUGCCAGUGCUCCUGACGGCUGAGCCAUCUCUCCAGCCCCUUAGUUUUCCUGCUUUUAUUUUUCCAGUUUUUCAGAGCAGUUUGUUUUAGAGCAUUCUGAAUUUCAGAUUUUCAAGUUUUUCUUACUCAUUUCCUGAGUCUUUAGAGCUUUUCUGAUCUCAAGUAUUUUAUAUUUACUAAUUUAGGUUUUGUUCCUAAGGUGCUGAGGAUUGAACCUAGGACCCUAUACAUACUAGGCAACUUCUCUACCCCUGAUGUCCUCAGUCCUACAUUGUAUGUUGAACUGGUUUUCAGUUUACAUCCGAAUUGCUGAGAUGGAAGUUUUUAUGGACCCUUGUCCACACUGACCUAUUGACACAACUUCAAUCCCGGCACUCAGAAGGUAGAGGCAGGUGGAUCUCUGUGAGUUUAAGGCCACCCUGUUAUAUGCAGCAAGUCCCAGACUAGCCAAGGCUAAAUAAUGAGACCUUGUCUUUAAAAAGAUAUAGGGGGAGAGGUGGUUUAGAGAGCAUGUUCAGUGGUUAGGCCACUGGCUGCUCUUCCAGAGGACCUGGGGUCAAUUCCCAGCAACCACAUGGCAGCUCACCAACAUCUAUAACUCUAGUUCCCAGGGAUCCAGGUCCUUUCCUGGCCUCUGGACACUGUACCAAUGUAGUAGAUAGACAUAUAUGGAGACAAAAGACUCAUACACAAAAAAUAAAAAUGAAGGAAAAAUAAAACAAAUUAGUAUAGGUGCAGCCCUGACUAAACCACAAGCAUUGUUUUUCCACUGGACAGGAGUAUAUGAAGUUUGUACAGAUACCCGCUUUCUCACAUUUUCACUAAAUCUAGAAAGUUGUCAAACUCAAAAGACUACUAAGUUUUUGGGUUAUUUUGUUUGUUUGUUUUUGUUUUUUAAGCCACUAUUUAGGUUGUAGUUUUCUAUAGAACUACCUCCAAUAUAGCUAACUCUUCAGCAGCUCUCCUCAGGUUUAUGUGGCAAAGUUAUUAUGUCAAGCAUGAGUGCCAAGCAGGCCUUAGAGUUCUUUCCCCGAAGUAUUUACAUCAGGUCAGAAGGCUUGUGAAGUAUAAAAGAUAAUUUUGGUAUUAAGAUUCUUACCUGGGCCUGGUGUGUGUCUAAAACACCAGCACGUGGAAGGUAGAGGCAGAAAGAUCAGGUUGUUAGCUACAUACAGACUUCAAGGCUAGCUAUGGCUACAAGAGGUCCUGUCUCAAAAUGAAAAAAGAAAAAAAGAAACUUUUUAAGACCUCUCCCAUUACCUCAGUUUCUGAUUGUGCUAAUUGGUAUCAGGUGAAGAGUCACAUGGUACAUUACUACAGACAAUGAUUUUGUUUGCAGGCUCAGUCAUUUUCUUAAACUGCAUGGAAUUUGUCAAUAUUGUACUUAGGACUAAGGAAGCAGUCAUUGGACACAUGGACACACUGACCAGUGACAUGGCAGGAACUAACCAAACAAAAUAUCUCGAUGUAGACUGGCACCCACUGGUGUGCCACUUGGCUGCUCUGCAGCUGCUGCCUCGCCCUGUUUUCCUAUAUGAAGAGAUCAGAGCCCCUCUGGUUGGAAGCUUGUGAGCUGGAGUGGAAAGACAGCUCAUCCAUUAAGAGGCCAGCUGGGCACGGUGGCACACACCUUUAGUUCUAGUAUUCAAUCCAGGCAGAGGCAGAUGGAUAUCUGAGUUUGAGGCCAGCCAGACUACACAGAGAAACCCUAUCUUGGGGUGGGGGAAGCACUGUUGCUCUUCCAGAAAACCCAGGUUCAAUUUUCAACACCCAAAUUGCAGUUCACAACUGUCCAUUUCUCCAAUUCAAGGGGAUCUCCCACCCUCGUCUUGGCUCUGGGCAAUGCAUGCAAGAGAUGCACAGAUAUACAUGCAGGUAAAAACAACCAUACGCGUAAAAUAAAGAUAAAGCUUUAAAAAAAGUUUGUAGGCUGAAGACUGAAGGGGAAGAAGUUCCAAGCAUAACUUUACCUCUUAGAUCUUGUCAUUAUGGGCUUUGACAAGGGGUCACCAAUUAGGAGUUGUGGUGCACACCUGUAAUCCCAACACUCAGGAGGCUGAGGCAGGAAGAUUGCAAGCACGAAGCUAGUCUGACUUAACAGUGAGUUUCAUGCUAGCCUAGCUUACAUACUGAGACCUUAUCUUAAAAAUGAAGAAACAACAAAAAGGGUGGUCCCUGGACUGACCCUGUGGAGCAUCUGAAUGAGUGUACUAAACAUGCUCAUGCUUACAGAGCAAAAGUGGAUUUUCAGCAAAAUACAAUUUUGUAUGUGAAAAUAAGUGAUUUGGUGAUGUUUGGUUAGUGUUAAUGUAAGUCCUAAAUAAAAUUAAUAACUGAUGAA